AUGUACUCACAAUGUCUUCAAGAAUCAUUACAUUUUCAAGUGUUGUGGAUGCGAAUUCGUGACGUUGAAACACAAGAAAUACUUUGGGAGAGUCAAGAAGACAUGACAUUUUCCGAAAUUGAACAACGUGUCGAAAUUCCUGUGACGUGCGGUGGAAUUAUUAGGGAAAUUAAAUUUUCCUCAUUUAAAACAAUACCAUGGUUUUGUAUGGAACAAAAAUUGGUAUUCAAAGGGAAGGAUUUAAAUAAAUGGUCCUUCGAAUCUAGUCAUUCUGGUGAGAAAACAGUCACGGCAAUGGAAAUUGUAAGGAUACCCGUCGAUAUACUUAGCGGAGAAAUAAGUAUGGUGACAAAAUUCACCGUCAAGGAUUAUAUUAUUUCGAUAAAUAAAUUGAGAUUCUUUAGAAAAUAA